AUGGCGCGCCAUAGGCGACUGUCCAAUGCUUCCUCCGCCUCGUCUCUCCCAGAGCGACAUCAAGAGCUUGAUAGCAUGUACGAUUACCUAGCGAAGGUGAUUCUUCUCGGACCAAGCGGCGCUGGAAAAUCCUGUCUCCUACAUCGCUUUGUCAAAAACGAAUGGCGCGUUCUCUCCUCCCAAACAAUCGGGGUCGAAUUCUCCUCCAAAAUCGUAAAGAUAGGAACCGGCUCGCACUGGAAACGGAUAAAACUGCAGCUAUGGGAUACAGCUGGAACCGAGCGAUUCCGCUCCGUUUCACGCUCGUACUACCGAGGGGCCGCUGGCGCGAUCCUGAUCUACGACGUCGGAUCACAUGCUUCCUUUUCCGCUCUCCCUACUUUCCUCAUGGAUGCUAGAGCACUCGCUUCCCCGAAUCUAACGAUCCUCCUAGCCGGAAACAAAAGCGACCUGCUUUCCCAGGAUACCAUGUCCCUGGGUGGGGGGGACUACGAUGACGAUUUCCUGCGUCUACCCCCCACACCAUCAAGUACGUCAAGCAGACAGUCUCCAUUCCCUUUCGAUUCUGGUGGAGGAUCGCUGCGAUCCAUCAACGGGCCGCUGGUCGGUACGAGAAUGACAGCAACAGUGGCCGCGGAAGGGCGUGAGGUGCCGCUAGAAGAAGCGUCGCGGUGGGCGGCGAAAUCCAAUAUACCUGUUGCAGUGGAAGUAUCCGCCUUAUCCGGGGACAAUGUGGAUGAACUGUUCAACCGGCUCGCGCGGAUCAUCCUUACCAAGAUCGAAUUGGGCGAGAUAGACCCUGAUGAUCCCCAGAGUGGUAUUCAGUAUGGGGAUGGAGGAAUGUACGGCACUGGCACGAGCGAUGGAGGUAGCGUGCGGAGCGGGAUCACAAUCGAUGACUCUAUGACGCAGAUACGGAGGAGAAAGGCCUGGAACCGCGGCGCAGGGAACGGGUGGGCAUCGGGAAUGAGAGAGUGGGAAGAUGUGUUCAGGCUGGGCGGAUCGAACACCCGGAGGGGGAGGUGUUGUUAAUAUCUUGCGGCCGUUCUGGGACGGGGAAAUCCUGUUGGAAGUUGACGAUUUUCUACCCUGGGCUGGCUAAUCACAGAAAUGCAAGCUGGAUAUGUUGUCGCUGCGCGACCUACUCCCUCAUCCUCACCUCAAUUGCAUUCCCUCCCGAACUUUCCGGUCCUCGAUUACACCGCACACAUCCAAUUUCAGUACCGAUCCUCUCGUCCAAUAUCCAUGAUGCUGCCUUGCCUUCUUUGGUCUACAUUUCCAUUGACUCACUAACUGUUUCCUUCACACAAUACGGUUCCGCGCACAACACGGCACGAUGCUCAUCGUCCGCCUCUGCAUAUUGCAUUCUGCAACAAACACUCGCUCCAUACUAAUAACAGCACCAGCCCCGACGACUCCGGAAUUAUGGUACAUUUGCACUUGCGUCUCUCAUCUUGAUAUGUUUCUUAGAUCCGUGCUAUUCAUUGUCACUGUCAUUUCCACACUCAUCAUGUACUAUCCGUCGUCAUUUUACCAUUUCGGAGUCACUGUUAGGCGGUCAUUUCCUUUUCUGGCUUUACCUUUUCUCCCUAAUACCCUGUUGCCUUUUUUGUCCAAUGACCAUGUCACGUCGCCGCACAACACAUAACCAUACAUACUUAAUCAAUAAUAAACGAUUUGGAAUCGAGCG